AUGCGAACGCCUCCGAUCUCAUCGAGAGAACAUUCGACUUCUUCAGCACCACUACCGCCGCCCAGUAAUAAGCGAUCUGCAGGUCAGGUAGUCGACCUGACUCUGAGCAGUGAUGAGGACGACGAUCCACCAAGAGGCCCCAAAAGGCAGCAACUGGUCCAUAAAUCCUCGAGUGGCUUCGGCAAACUCCCUGGACUGGAAAACGUGCCUUUAAGGACAAAUGGAGAGAAUGGAGGUGUUCCAAGACAACCAUCUUCGAACCCUUUCACCACCCCAAAUCAUACGCCGAAAGAGUACACGCAGCCACGAUGA